GCGGCAUUCGGUAGUUUGCUCUCGUUCAUGAUUUGAUUCACUCGUAAUUUUGUUGGUUAUAUUAUUUCUACUUGUUAUUUAAAUUUUUGUUAAAUAAAAUAAAUUGUAUGGAAAACAAUUAGGAGAAUUUGAUAAUUAAUUACUUAUGACAGGUUACAAUUAAUUAAUUUAUUUGAACUGUAAUUUGAAAAAUAAAUAAUGAGCGAUUUUUAUUCACCUAUGAGAUGUAUUUCGCCGAAUGCAAGAUUGUUGGCGCCAAAGCCACAGGUACAACAAACUUUGGAUCUGAGACAAGCACAAUCACGAGUCAAAAAUAGUAUCACAUGGUUUUUGAUAAAUGGGGCACUGCUAAGUAUUUUGUUAUUUGAUUUAUUGUAUGUAGAUGCGACGUACAAACAAUUUAUGUGGAUUGAAUGGGUUCUGGUAUUAAUAUUUGGACUUAAUGCUUUGUAUCAUAUAGUAAGUUAUGUAAUAGGAACAUUUAAUAUGCGGCCAGUAGUUCUGAACCCUGAGCAAAAAAAAUUAUUAGGAAUAACUAAUGAUGAGACGUUAUUCAAAUCAACUCCACUGACGAGCGAAAUCAAAUCAUGUUUACCGGAGCCGAUUUCGCCGAUAAUAAAUAUGACGACGCCGUUAAAUUUGAGCAGAAGAUCAUUGGGUGCUGGAUUAAACGAAAGCAAAACUUAUUCAAGUCCGUUUUACUGUGGACCGGGAAAGUAUUCAAGCUCACCAGCGUCCCCGAAAAGUUUGAAUAACACGUCGACGAAUAAUUCUUUGAGUAGAUCAUUAAAUACAUCAAUGAACGGAAGCUUAACCGGCGAGGGACUGAUUCAAGAUGAAACUGAAUUACAGAAUUAUUUAAAAGACGUAACGGAACGGGAACGCAAGACCACACACUCGACAGCAGUCGAUCAGCCGUCAAAUUUACUGAGUUCAUUUUGGUCACACCCGGCAAUGCGUAAUCCUGGUGAAAUAUCGCCGUUAUUACGACGAUGUACUUAUCAGUUAGCGCCUACGAUUGAUAAAACAAAAUCAUCAAGCCCAGGAAAUGAAGAAGGAACAUCACCACGCGGUUACUACGGAGCGCCUGACGUCUGGCGUAAAUACAGAAUUGACAGCCACAAAGUCAACCAGUGGACAGCUAAUUUACGCAUGUGGAUAAGCAAAACUGUUGUCGAACGUGUGAUGAUUGAAAUAGAUAACGUCAACGCAGCGUUGAUUCGCCACGGGCUGAGUGACUCCCAGUUAGGACAUGUGGGAUUAGACCGUCUGCGCAAACUGGCCCAAGCUCAGAAUAUCGUAAUAGGAAUCCCGACUCUGCCAACUCUGGUACCUUUUCUCGAGAUAUCAAACAAUCAAGACUACCUGGUUAAAAGAAUCAAGGAACUGUCCAAAGGUGGGUCUAUGAGCGAGUUCAAGUGGUGCAGCGGUGGGUCUUACAAUGGAAAACCCUGGGACACUAGUUUACCAACAGACACAGCCAUCAUCAUGCAUCUUGUCUCUUCCUACAUGGACACUCAGCUCGAAGCUCCUCUAGAUCAACCGGAUGCCCGGACAUUUACUUCCAGGUACAUGGCCAAAAGUGGGUCCGAGUUACCGAGAAACAAAGGCCCCAUUAUUGUCUGCCAAUCCGUAAAUCCUCCGCACUACUGUCUGGCUCUCAGUGGCGAUUCUUUGCCAGCAGAUUACGAAGAAAUACCUCGGGGCCGGAAUAACAUGUUCCAUACUUUGUUACUCUUCCUCUACAUUAUUAAGACCCGAGACCAUGGAAUGCUGGGCAGAGUUAAUUUAGGAAUGUCUGGGAUAAAUAUUCUUUGGGUUACCGAUGAUUAAUAAAUAAAAAGUACUGUAAUUUAUUUAUUAUACUAUAAUAUUAUAAAUUAAAUAAUUAUUUUGUAAUGUAAUUUAUCAUACAUUUUUUGUGAUUUCUGUAAAAUAAAAUAUUUUGUGAUUUAAAA